UUACCCUAACGCCGCCGCCGCUUCUUCGUCUCCCAUCAUCUCCCUCCCUUUAUCGCGCUCGGCACCAGGCAACACGAACGCAUCGCCGGUGGGAUCCCGGAUUGGCCGGUGGACGAGUUCUUCCGCGACGUUAGUGACUUCAAUGGGCGAGAGUGACACCACCAAGCGGGAAGCCUGGGGACAAGGUGGGUGACUCCGCGUACUACCGCUCGUUGGAGAAGGAUCUGGAUGCCAACGAGCUGUUUGGCCGAGUACAGGAGAUCCGAUCUGGACGCCAGCGCUACCCUCUCCAGUCCCCACAAACGGCCUCCGGCCUUCACUGGCAACACGGUGGCUCCGACAACACCACCUUCAUGCCAAACAUAUGCAGAUCAAGUUGCUUAUGUCCUCAAUUUUUUUCAGGUGCUCGACCUCGGGGAGAACCUGCUCUCCGGCGUGCUCCACCCGACGCUGUUCGACAACCUCACCAGCCUUUUGAAGUGUAAGAUUUGUUAUUCUUUAGUUAUAUAAUUUCUAGUAGAGACAACUUAAGUAUUACAGCUAUGUGUUAGGAAGGGUUCAUGAAAAAGAAUGAAUUUUGUAUUCAGCAUAUGUGCAUAAUAGGGCUUCGAUUCUCAAGUCAUGUAAUAUUGGAAGUAUGCAUAAGUGCAUAACAAAGUUUAUUAAAGAAAGAAAAGUCCUCACUUGCUGGCAGUUUGUCCAUUGUAUUUUUGUAAAUUAAGGUUAUUAAAGAAAGAAAUGUCCUCACUUCUAUGGGUUAAUUUAUGAUCUUAGCACUUGCUACGACUAUAAAGUUUAUAUAGGUUCACAGCUUCUUACUGUCCACUAGGCUUCUCCAGCUGCAUUGUUUGUAAGGAACAGAAACUAGCUAACUGUUGUGACUUAAUUACUCAUCAACUUUCACCUGCCUUAAGCCUUUUAGGUUCACUUGUCUUAUAUAUACCAUGGUAAACCACACCAUGAAUAUGCCAUAAAUAAGUAACAAGAGUGACUAGCAACUCAGCACACACAGGUUGUCAGGAUCCUUCACGUACACCUUUCAUGUUCUUGCAACCUUGAUUCUACAUGCUUCAGGUAGUCUAGAAUAUCAGAUUGUUGUAUAUAUUUAACACCUUCUGUACCAUCAAAUUCAAAAAUGCACUCAAGAAAAGGCUUUUCAAAACUCUUAGAAUGUAUUCCAAGAGCAGUGCACAUAUUCAGAAGCUAAUUAUGUAAUUUCUUAUAUGUUGCUUUGAGGCAAAUUGAACAGGGAUUUGUUUGGCUUCCAAAUGGUUUGUUGGUCCUAAAAUAGUCAGAAUCACAUGACAUCUGUGCUAUAGAUAUGGACCUCGGUGGUUUUCUCCACAUUAGGAAAGCUAGAAGAGCCUUUUGAACUCAGUUUUUUUGCUAACAGUGGUGUUAUGGUGAAACAGAGUUUUGUGUGUAUGUACCAACAACUAAAAUGUAAACACGACAUUAUCAUAGUUGAGUAC